GAAAAAAGAAAAAAAAGAAGAAUGGCGGCAAGCGCAUUCUACCGUUUUCCUUCAACCAUCGCUUCUUUCUCCUGCUCCACGGACAGAAAAUCGCCACUUUCUCACUCGCACCACUGCAAGAUCUUCAAGCCAGUUUCAAUUUCUGGGCUAAAAUCUCCUUCCGUCAGAGUUUGCAACAACAGGUUGAAAUUUUCGAGUUCAACAAGGGUGGUCUCCCGUCAGGUUUUUAAGGUCCGUGGAUUGGUGGAUGGUGAUUCUGCGGCAGGCCCGGAACCAGAAUCAGAUAUUUCUGAAGUGGGUGCUACUAUUGACUUAAAGCUGCCAAGAAGAAGCAUGCUUGUAGAAUUUACUUGCAACUUGUGUGGUGAAAGAACAAGGAGACUUGUAAACCGAUUAGCCUAUGAAAGGGGUGUCAUUUUUGUUCAGUCCCUUUGUUCGAAUUGGCUCUUCUUCUUUGUCUCUGGAAAACUGCACGUUUUUGAGGAAAAAGAAAACAAAGAGACCCGGAGAGAGAAAUAGAGAGGCAAAGAUACUUGAAGCUUAAACAUGGAGAUCAGACUUGUGCCUCAUCAAAGAGAAGCUUUUCGGCAAGGAUCACUCUAUUUCAUUUGUAUGUGUCUAUCAAUUCACUAUGAGGUAACAAUUGCGGCUUUUUUCAAGCCCUUCAAUGUCACCUACAAUCACAGGGCUCUCAUCAUCUAUGGCAAGCGCCACAUGCUCGUCUCAACUGAAAUUCACUACCCAUGCUUCAAUGCCACUUCCAAGGUUCUCUACUAACUGUCAUGCCCAAUUGUGUUUUUGAGAGGACGGAGCAUAUGUGCAUGGUGUGUUCUUCUGUAAUUUUAAGAUAAUUUAGGGCUUUUAGAGGUUACUCCCAUUCUGUUCUUACACUUUAAGUUGCAUUAUCACUUUCCUGCAGUCUCAUCUAUGCGCAAAUUAACCUAUUCACUCUCACUCUCCCAAGAAACUGAUGCUCAAUAAAAAUCAUAAAAAUUUCUUGAAACUUGCAGAGACACAGCAAUCAUUGGGUUGGCUUUCCACCAAGUUUGAUCAAAACCGUACUUGAAUUACUUGGUUCCAUGGUGGAGUAGCCUCUAUAGGAAAAUGCUACAGCCUACCUUUAGUCUGCCGUGGUGCACAAUAGCCUCACUGGGCAUUCUUUUUCUUUUUUUUAAACUUGUUGGUUCCGCUUUGCAAAAUCACCUCAUUUAUGACUCUAAACCCAGUGUUCAGGACCAUGUGAGCUUGUGAGAGAGAUGGACUGAGAGAAAGAGAGGUAGAGAUGAAGCAGUUAGAGAGAGAUAGAUUGAGAGAAAGAGAACGGAUGUUAGAUAAAAUGGACAGAAGGCUGUGGUCGCUCCAUUUGUUACAGUUUAUGAUUUUUUUUCACCACCUUAUAGUACAAGCUAACUAGUGGUUCUCAGAAAAUAAUUCAUGGCUAAAUUUGCACCUUUACCCUAUAAAAUAUAAAGCAAUUAUGCUGGUUGCUUGCUAACCUGUACGCUUAAGCUUAAUCUUCAUUUUCCUGAUGUUUGCAAACAAUUAAAUUCUUUUUUAUAUGUUUAUUGGUAAUCUGACACUGAUCUUUGGCAACUUUGCCCCCUUUAGCAACAAAGGAAGGGGGUCAAAUCACUGGCUUUAGAAUCUUUUUUUUUUAUUACUAUUUUCCCCCUUUACAUUUGCAUGAAUUUGAAAUUGAAGGCCACCUUUAUUGGUGCAUCAAUUUUUCAGUGGUUGCUAUGCCAUGUACAUAAUUGAUCCAAACACCGAGGCACCCAUUUGAAACGUAAUAAAGUGUAACACAAAUUUGUGCCUCCUGAGAAAAUUCUCCAAUGCCCUUACUUUUUCCUUUGUUGUAAAGAAAGUUAUAUUUACAUUGGCUAUACUGAUUAUUUAUGAAUUGCUUGAUAAUUUAUGGCCAUAAUUUGUUGAUAUAAAUAUAGUGGAAGUAUUCAUCCUCUUGUGAAUAAUUUGAAGUGGACCUUAUUAGUGUGCAGGAUGUCUUCAGCAUCACAAAUUAGUUGACAAUCUUGGCCUCAUCACAGAGUAUGAUUUCCGGGAGAAAACCAAGCUGGACUCCGAAAUUGAUCAAGUUUAAUGCGAUAAUUCUGGAUGUUGUAAUCUUCUUUAUAACUUAUCCAAGUUAUUUAGAUGAUUUGAAAAUUUAUAUUCAUUAUUAUAUCCAAGCAAAUAUUUUGAAAAAUA